AUGUUCCGAACUCUUAAAGAGUUCGUGAAAGCGCUGAGGGACAUCGUCAUCAUUCAAUGCACGGCGGUGGAGGAACGCAAGGUUCUAUACCGCGACUGCAGCUUAAAUAACGCAAUGAUUGUAGAUCUGUUAGGAGGUGGUAGUAAAGGGUUUCUAAUCGACUGGGAGUUUGCAGUGCGCAUCAACCCAGAUCUGAAGUAUGCCAUCGGUGGUACAGGAACAAUCCCGUUCAUGUCUUGCGGGCUUCUCGCCCAACUCUCAGAUGCACAACAGGCAGUGCUGGGUGGAAAGAAACCGAAAUAUAUCCUGAAAAUGUCUUCAAACACUUUGGCGUUGCCUGUAUCGCAUGUCAUUCAAUGCUUUUCAGACGACCUCGAAUCACUUUUCUUCAUCUUCAUCUGGAUUUGCAUCAAAUUCUGUGGCUCCCAUGGCCAGGUACACCAGGAUAUGAUAGGAAACUCAAUACCUGAUCGCUGGAACAACAUGGACCUCGAAUCCUGCGUGGCCUUCAAGGGCAAUUUUUUCGCAACCAAGAAGGAGGAAUGCUGUCUUGUAGAUGAGAUCCAUCCUUACUUCAAAGACUUAAUCCCUCUCACCAAGGAGUGGUGUACGGCUUUGAAGGACAACAUGGAGAACCCUGUUUCCUUCAACACCAUCCUUACAUUAUUGAACACUCAUCUUGACCGCCUUCCGGAUGACGAGGAGCUCAUUUCCACUGUCAAGACGCUCAGAAAAUCUGCUGCUAUUCUCACAGACCGUGUCGAGAAGCAUGCUGCUUCGUAA